AUGUUCGGCAGAAUCAGGGCAUCGAAUUCGUCACUGGAAAACUUAGAGGGUUCUCCCUCCAAGAUUCUCAAAGAUGACUCCUUCUCCAUAUAUGAGGCUACUCUCAUGAAGCUAAAGAUUGGUGCGCGAGUCGAUACAAGUGAGGUUACAGAUGAUUCUUCACCUUGUGCUGAAGAAGUAAAUCAGCCAGAUGUUAAUCCAGAAAGCACGUCAUGCUCCGAGACAACGAUGAUGGACACAGAUUCUGAUAACUCUUCGUUUAGGGUUAGUGACCAUGUUUCUAGUGGGAAAUCGGAUCAGCGAAGACAAGUUAACCUUUCCAUUCUAAAUUUCUUCCAAGUUGUAGAUACCGGACGAGCCGGGGCAUCAUCUUCUGCAAAGACAACAACUUCAACGGGGAAUGGAAGUACUGCAUCUAUCUCAUCAACUUCCAUUGAAUGUGAUUCCAGAAGUGAACUGGACGGCGUUCAAAUUUUGCAAGAUUGUGAAAUGUCAGAUUAA